CGAGCGUCCAUAAGCCCGGCCUCCACGUCCGUCGUUUCCAUAUUCCUGUUCCUGGUGUGAUCAAAUGUCGCGCAGAGCGAUGCGGUCGUCGCUGAGGAGCCGCGACUCCUCGAGCACGUCGACGGGUCCGGACCCAAGGGAGCGAGUGAAGGACUGCUGCCGCAAGCUGGUGGCCUUCAUGUGUACCCAGGUCGGCGUCGGGGGUCUGAUAGUCGGGUACGCGGUUGUCGGAGCCUUCGGUUUCAUCCACAUAGAGACGAUGUCCGAGUAUCCGGAAUUGGUGCACGUCGCCCAAGCGCGGAACGUCUGCGCGGAUAAUCUCUGGGUCAAGACGGCUGGCGACAGCCUGGUGAACACGUUGAACAAAACGGCGUUCGAACUGCGGACGAGGGCGGUGCUGAAGGAGUUCGAAAAACAGCUCGUCCACAUGGCCCAGGUCAAAAAGUACGACGGUCGCGGGGUCAAGGACGUCUGGACAUUCCCGGCUGCCCUGAUGUUCUGCAUGUCGGUGUUCACGAUGAUCGGUUACGGGAACAUCGUGCCCAGGACGCACCUCGGCCGUUGGGCGACGGUCAUGUACGCGGUGAUCGGCAUCCCUCUUUACAUUCUCUACUUCAUGAACAUGGGCAAGGUCCUCGCCCAGAGCUUUCGGUGGCUUUACAGACGGGCCCACGAAUGCGCCGGGAAACAGAGAACCGAAGGCGAGCGGAUAAUCGUACCGUCGACGGCCUGCCUCUGGGUGAUUUUCGGCUACGUCUUGGCCGGGUCCGUGACCUUCGCCCAGUGGGAGAACUGGGGAUUUCUCGACAGCGUUUACUUCUGCGUUACAUCGCUGUGCAAGAUCGGUAUGGGCGACUUCGUUCCCGGCGUAACCGGCUUCGGAUCUCGCGACAGAAGUCACACCUCCAGUCAGACCAAGCUCGUCAUAAAUUUCGUCUUCCUGCUACUCGGCAUGGGCCUGAUCGCCAUGUGCUACAACCUCAUGCGCGAAGACGUGCGUGUCAAGGCGAGGGAACUCAGGGAAUUCCUCAAAAGGACGGUCGAGGAGCUUCGCCUCAAGUUCUUGCUCUGCUGCCACUUUCCCGUCAACGAGAUGCUUACCCGGUAUGCAAACCCUGGCGAAGAGUAUACGAAUGAAAUUUCUACGAAGAGCUUACAUCCUCCGAGAAAUUUAGACGCGUUCUUGGCUCACGGAUCCGACGACUGGAGCUACUGGGGUGAAAACGGUCCCGAACACUGGCCCGGAAUUUGCAACACCGGUGAAAAUCAAUCACCGAUCGAUAUAAUCACCGACGAUGCCGUGAAAACGGAUCUUGGCUCUCUCAAGUUUACGAGAUACGAUUUCGCCUUCAGCGCCGACGUUGUUAACACCGGCCACUCGAUUCAAGUCGGUUUGACGGGGGUGCCGAUUCACCUGAAAGGCGGAAGUCUACCAACGACUUACGUUCUCGAUCAAAUGCACUUUCACUGGGGCUCGGAGCACACGAUAAACGGCGAACAAGAAGCGCUCGAGCUGCAUCUCGUCCACUAUUCGAAGGAUUACGACAACGUGACGUACGCCUCCGAGUUUGAGAACGGAUUAGCGGUGGUGGCAGUAUUGUUCGAGGUGAGCAACGAGGAUAACCUCUAUCUCGAACAAAUUCUGGAAGCUGUGAAAACCGUGUCGUCUCUAAACUCGACGGCAACGACGAAAUUGCAGACUAAGCUGAUACCCUCCCUUCUGUUGCCGAAAGAUCACAGCUCGUAUUACAGGUAUUACGGUUCGCUGACCACCCCGGAAUGCAAAGAGGCAGCUAUAUGGACCGUGCUGGACAACAAGAUGCCAAUUUCCGUGUCUCAGAUCGAGAUUUUUCGCAAGGUGGUUAAUUCCAACAACGAAACUCUCGCUUAUAACAACAGACCGACGCAGGAUCUUGGAUCACGAACCGUUUAUCAUCAUUUGGAGGGAUAUUCGUCGGCGCAUAAUCUUCAGAUUCCGAAAACGCUCCUCGUUAUCGUUGGAUUUUUCUCGGUGCUGAUGCAGGGCGCGAGGUCCCCUUGAAAUCGCGAAAGCUACGGCAUCGUGUCGAGAUGACCGGGUGCAAAAAUAUAUUUCUCGUUAUUUGGACUCGCCUUAUGCAGCCGCGGCGUAAUUUGUAUGCUUGGCAUAUAAAAUUUUUUGCAAAUUCACUAGGCUUAAGGAAAUUUCCGAAAUGUGAGAAUCGUUCGCUUCGCGAUGACGAAAACGAAAAAACAAACA